CGCACACUGCAAUUCAAAGGCUAAGGUUUGUGUUAUUUAUCAUCAUUCAUCAGCGUCAAAAAUUGAAAAUUAUUAGAAUUGCAAAAAGUAAAUUGCUGUUAUUUUAUAAAAAAAAUCACUUUAAAACGAUAAAACUAAUUUUCAAUUUUAGUAUUUUUACUUGUUAGAUAAGUUUGACUAGUGAUUAAAAAUGUAUUUAUAAUAAAAAAUGUUAAUAGUUAAUAUUAUUUGAUAAGUCUAAUGUUUGUAAUUUUAAAUAUUAAAUUAUUUUCUACACAUUUACUUUUUUACUUCGAUAAUAAAAUCUCUAAAUUUCUACUUCAACACUCGUAAGAACUUUAAUAAUAAUAAUAAUAAAAAAAAGGAAACCUGUUUUACUUCUUACUAUAUACCUAAAUGGCCAAUAGGCCUCUUAUAACAAUACUGAGUGACGCUACUUUACUUUCAUAAAGAUAAAUUAAUUUGUUAAUGGAAGAAUUUUGAUUCAGACGAAGUCCCAAAUUUAAUUUUUGUUGAUAAUUAAAAUGGUACCUUGUAUUUAUAAAAAGAAAAGAAAAAUAAAUCAUUAUUCACCACUAAAUUACCAAAUUUAAAAUUGUCACACCAUUUUAAAAGAAAAAUCUGAUUUUUUUUUUUUUUGGGGGGGUAUAACUUUAUUUAUCUUCCCAAAAAUAGGGGGACACGUUUAGUUAAACAAUUAUGAAAUUGAGAACUAGAAAAUACUUUUUAAAACUAAACUGAAUCUAAAAUUUCCAAUAAUUAAUUUAGUCUAAUAUAUAAUUCUAGGUAAUUAAACCUCUAUAAUCAAUUAAGCAAAAGAAUCCGUAAGUUGAAAUGCAUGCAUGGGUCUUUAAGUAAAUAGUUGGGUUCUUACCAAAGUACUCUUUUAAGUAAUUUCCUUUUUUUUUUUUUUUUUAAGGCAAAAAACAUGUGAACAGACUCAAUAUUAUUAUUGGCUUCCACCACUUUGAUAUAUGUUUGAAUCAUUCAUUCAUGAGUUUUGAGCGUUGGGGCGUCGCUUGUUUUAGUUUGGUUUGGUUUGCUUUCUUUUGUUGUAGUUUUAAUUAGUUUUGGGUUGGCUAAUUAAGGAAUCUUCAUUCCAUCAAAUUUGUAUGGGUUUUGACAUCCAUAAAAAAAAAAAACUACAUUAAUGUUCUGUAUAUGAUUGUUGUUGUAACAAAUUAAUAAUAGAUUUAGUUAGUAAAUUAUUAAAACUAGUGUACGAAAUCUGAAGGUUUAAUUUGUGUGUGUGUGUGACAUUAAUUUAAAAAAAUUAGUUGUUUAAUUUGCGGCCAGUACUGGACACAAAAAGACGACAACAUACAGGGGCGGAGCCAGCAUAGGCCCAGUGCAGGCCAUGGCCCUCACUGGGCCUUUGCCCUCCAUUAAUUUGGCCCACACUAGGCCUUGGCCCUCCAUUAAUCUUGGCCCUCCAUUAAUUUGGCCCUCACUGAGCCUUGUCCCUCCAUUAAAUUUUGCCCUCACUGAAAAUAUCUUUUAGCUCCGCCCCUGACGACAUACCCUAUUUGACCACCUAAAUUUAGAGUGAUCCGAGUAUCAUCAGGACCUAAUUAAUUAAUUACCAUUCUUCUCAUAUAUAUUGCUUCCUAAACAACAACCAUCCGUUUCCUUCCUUCCUUCCUUCCUAUACAAUUCCACCUCUCGUCUGAAAAAUUCCCAUAUGGUCAUCAGAAACAUUAAAGAUUGAGAGAGAAGAUAAUUUGGAAGGAAGGUGGGGUGUUUGGAUUUGGAUUUGAGAAAUUAAUUAAACAGUACCGGCCGGCGAGAGACAUACAUACAUAUAUAUAUAUAUGAUGGAGUGUGUUCCGUUGGACAUCACGGUGAUAUCGGCUGACGACCUCAAAAACGUGAAUCUAAUAUCCAAGAUGAGCGUCUACGUGCUGGUGUCAAUGUCCGGCGAUCCCCGCACCAAGCGCAGGACUCCCGUCGACAAGAACUGCGGUAAGAACCCUAAGUGGAACGACCGCAUGAGUUUUGCCGUCGACGAGGCCUCUCUCUCUCUCCACCCCAAUCUCUGCAUCCUCUUCCAGAUUCGCUCCGACCGCCCCCUUGGAGACCGUGACAUCGGCGAGGUCUCCGUCCCCAUCAGAGAACUCCUCGACAACAAUGACCCCGCCUCUGACCGCCUUGUCGAAUACCAGGUCCGCACGCCGUCCGGAAAACCCAAAGGAACCUUGAAAUUCUCCUACAAGUUCGGAGAAAAAUCAACCGCCUUAAGCUCCGCCAACAAUAAUUAUGACGAGCCGGUCAUGGCAUUUCCUGCACACGUUGGUGCCACCUCCGUUUACAAGCCACCUCCAGUAGCCGGUUACACUCCGCCACCGCUAUACCAGGGGGCACCACCAUAUAUGCACCCGGGGGCUUAUCCUCCGCCGCCGCCGGGGUACGGGUACCCACCGCCGCCGAUGUACGCCUGCGGCCCAAGUGGGUAUCCUCCGGCGGGGACGUACGGAUAUCCGCCACAGUCGGGUGGGUACGGAUACCCACCGGUGGUGCAGCCGCCGGCACACCAGGGUAAGAAGAAAAGCGGAAAAGGUGGGUUAGGCCUGGGGAUGGGAGCUGGGUUGCUGGGAGGGCUUCUGGUGGGGGAGAUGAUUUCAGAUGUUGGAGAGGUGGCUGCGUAUGAUGCUGCCUUUGAUGGUGACUUCUAAACAUACCUUAUUAUUGUUUCGAUAAAUAUAUAUACCAUAUAUAUUAUAC